UCGGAGCGCCUGCUGCACGAGGAGGUCCUGAUCUGGGUGGAGUUAAGUUUCUGUGUCACACGCGCUGACAACUGGCAAACCUUCACAACAAACUAACAGGUGUACUCCUCUUCCUCCUCCUCCGUCAGACCCACAUGACCUUAAAAGCUCCCGACGAAGUACAUUUCCACGCAUGAUGCACUCGGCGCAGAAAGACACCACCUUCACCAAGAUCUUCGUGGGAGGCCUUCCUUAUCACACGACGGACUCCAGUCUGAGGAAGUACUUCGAGGUGUUCGGCGACAUCGAGGAGGCUGUGGUGAUCACUGACCGGCAGACCGGCAAAUCCAGAGGUUAUGGAUUCGUGACCAUGGCAGACCGGGCCUCAGCAGACAGAGCCUGUAAGGACCCCAACCCCAUAAUAGAUGGAAGGAAAGCCAACGUAAACCUGGCCUAUCUUGGGGCCAAACCCAGGGUCAUUCAGCCAGGGUUUGCCUUUGGCGUACCUCAAAUCCAUCCUGCAUUCAUCCAAAGGCCUUAUGGCCCUCUCCUCCUGAAUGAGGACAUGAUCCCUGCUCACUAUGUCUACCCUCAAGCUUUUGUCCAACCCAGUGUGGUGAUCCCUCAUGUGCAGCCUUCUGCUGCUACUGCAACAGCUGCCGCUGCUGCUGCAACCUCUCCAUACCUUGAUUAUACCGGAGCGGCUUAUGCGCAGUAUUCAGCCGCUGCCACUGCUGCCGCCGCUGCCGCCGCUUAUGAGCAGUAUCCUUACGCAGCCUCACCAGCGCCGACCAGCUACAUGACAACAGCAGGGUAUGGAUACACUGUCCAGCAGCCGCUUGCGACCGCUGCCACCCCAGGAGCUGCUGCAGCGGCAGCGGCAUUCAGCCAGUACCAGCCCCAGCAACUCCAAACAGAUCGCAUGCAGUAAAUGAAAAAGAAGGAGACUCCCUUUAAUGCAGGAAAACAAAGAGGGUCAAUCCCCCCCCCCCCCCCCCCCUUCAAUUGAAGAGGGGGGAGGAAAAGGAAGCUAGCAGGGAGAGACAGAAAAUUUUUCACCUCAAAGUUUUUAUUUCCACAGAACUUCCACCAAAGAGGCUGAAGAAAAAAUGUGGAGAUUUGGAGAAUUUUUUUUCCUGUAUAUUUUAUUCAAGCGAGAUCAGUAAUGGAUAGAAUAUUUAAUAUUUAUUCAAUAUUAAACAUGUCAUGCUCACUGAAGUGGAUGUCACAUGAACAACUGCAGGAUUUUACAUACACAGCUGAGUGGAAUUUGGAAAAUCUCAAGUUCGUUGGUGUCCCACGAUUGGCGUUCUUCCGUUACAUCCUAAAACCAGCACUACUUGUGGUUGAGAAAAAUGGCUACUGUUACCUUCCAGAUUCAGUAUUCAAACAUUUGGAGUGUUUUUAUGUUUGGCCUAUUUGAUAGGGUAUUUAGUUACAUGAGGAAUAUCACACAUCAAAACAUGUUUUAGUCAUGUAGCUAAAGUUGGUAAUAGUAUUCCUUUUUUUUCCUCCAAGAAAACUGAACAAAAGAGAAGAACUGCUGCUGAAUGUGAACCUCUCGUCUUGGUAAAACUUUUCACAGUGUGCCUUUUUAAAUGAUGCUAUUUAUAUAUUUAUUCUGGAACAUCACAGCAAUGAACACGUUUGUUUUCACAUGUAAGUAUGGAACCUGUUGCACCACAUGUGCUGCUGGAUUUCUCUCGAGUGUUAAUAGUUUCACAGAGCGUUGCCGUCUUUAUAGAGAACAAAAAAGUAGACAAGUAGCAAAAUAAUUUUGUAGUUUUGUUGUCGUAUCUAAGAUUCAGAACUCUUAAAUGUAGCUUAAAUGUAGUUUUUUUUUAUUUUAUACUUGACCAGUUUGUUAAAAGACAGGGCUAAUGUGAGCUGCUAACUUUUAGAAUUUCUCAUGUUCCACGUCUUUUGACAUUCAUGUUUUCUAAUGCAAAGGCACCACCUGUUUUGCCUUGUUAUGCAUGAUUCCAAAUAAUGUGAUUUGGGAAAUAAAUUGAAAUGAAUAUUUAA